AUGCCGUGCCUGACUCUCUGCCUGGGCCUAAUCCAGAAGCAGAGGCUGAUCAAAUUUCCCGAGGAGUUUGAUCCCAAUGUGGCACCUCCGACCGUCGAGAAGGCGGACGAGGCCAAGCGCAUCCUCGAGCAGAUCGCUCGCGUGAACGAAGCCUUUGGCUACGUGAAGAAGCAGCCGGAACAAAAGAAGCUGCCGCCCAUACUCGACUCCAGCCAGUAUCUGUUCCCCAAGCCCGCCUACCAGCCGUUCCACGCCCAGCAGCACCACUUCGCCGGCAGCCACGGCCAGACCCUGCUCGAGCCCUCGAUCCGUGCCGUAAAACUGACCCGGAACGUGGCAGGAUCCAGCUACAAUCUGCCUCCAAGGCUGCGCAAGGGAACUCCCGCCCCGGCCAGCGAGGAGAAGAAGUCGCAGCUGUAUUUCCGACCCAACCAGGUGGAACUACCGAAGCCCUUGACGGAACAGGAGGCCCAGCAACUGCCGGCCCACUUUGCCAUCCCCGUGCACCUGUACAAACUCAACAAGGAGCAGUACCUGCGGGAGCAUGCCGCCCAGGAGUACCGCGUCAAGGGCUACAAGAUCAUCGGCGACGUGGACAGCUUCUAUGGCAAGGCCAAGUCGGGCAGGAAGCAGGGAAAGACCACUCCCAAGUACCAUCUGUUCUUCCUGCCCAGAGAGCUGGCUCUGAACGAGGAUGGCACACCGAAGAGGGGCAAUUCGACGAGUAUCACAUCCACCAAAGCCCCUGCUGCUCCCCAGGGAUUCAAGGACUUCCGUCUGGACUCCCGCGAGAAGCCUUCGCACAAGCCGCACAAGAUGCAGACGACUGUGUCACCCGAUUCGAAUAACCUGAACUCUGGGAGUCGCAAGCGCACGAGCUCUACGGUAAAACCAGUACGCGGAAGCGGAUCCAUGAACGGAAAGGAGGCGGAACAGCUCUUGCCCACCAUUUCCACGACUUCAGCUCCCGUCCAUCUCUCGACGCUGCCUCCUUCCGGCGGACUCCUGCCCAAUCGCAAUCGUCUGAAUCCCUUCCGCAUGCCCGGCAUGAAUCUCUCCGAUAUGCAGAACCAGACGUCGUCGGCCAUCAAGAAUGCCUUCCAGAAUAUAUUCAAGAUGCCCUUCCGUCAGGUCGGAGCUCUGUCCGGCGCCCAGCCCGUCAUCAUGGGCAGCAUCCCGCAGAAGCAUCAGGUGUCCAGUGAUUCCCAGGACUACAAGUGGGAUGACGAGAAGGAGGGCGGCGGCGAUGGGGAUGGCGAUCUAAAUGGAAAUACCGAGGAUCUGGAGAACACGGCUGCGGAGCAGGACAGCAGCGCGUCCUCCGAGAAGCACCUCUUCGCGCACAAGACCCGCCCCGGGGGUCUGAUGCACACCAUCGGCCAUGUGGCCACCGCCCAGCAGACCACCCAGAAGCAGGCGCUGCGCGAGGGCGGCAUUAUUAUCCAGCGGCUGAAGGUGCGCAAGGGCGGCAUCGCGAUUGCUGGUCCAGGAGGCGUGGCCACAGCCGGAAGCGGCGGAACGGCCAUUGUGGGCCCCGGUGGCUAUGCCCUGACGCAUCCGCGCAGCCUGACGAUAGCCGGUCCCGGCGCCAAGGUGAUUUCCAUACCCGCGAACGUGGACCUGCAGGACGCUCUGGCACGCACCGACCUGCAGGCGAGGAGUUUUCCGCGCGAGGGCAAGGUGGUGGCCACCGGGCCGACGGUGUACUAUGCCCCGCCCACGGGCACGACGGAGGAGGAGUCCGCGAAGCUGAUCGAGAAGGAUAAUCAGCUGACGCCCUAUGGGGCCUUCCAGCCUGCUUUUAUCUACAACGCCCCCUAUUACGCGGCGUACAACCUGCCACUGGCAUAUGUGCUGCAACCCACCACACCUGCAGCACCUGUCACAGCCGAUGCAACAACCACUACAACCACCACGAUCAGGCCCGAAAGCUCAGCCGAAGAAAUUGAAAAGCCAGAAAAGCUGCAAGCACUGCCACAGCCACAAGCCGAGACACAAUCCAAUGGCGAUCUGAAGAGUGAUUCGGGUCUCCGCUCAGCGGUGAGCAAAAUCAAUCCCAACUACGUGAUCGAGGAGAUUCUGGCCAUUCCCGGCAAGCAUGUCAUCUCCACUGCCACCUCUGCCAGGCAGCAGCUGCGGAAGAACGCCUCGGGACCAGCGAAACUGCGGAAGGCAUCGGCAAGCGGCAAGCGAGUGCCCGUCAAGGUGGAGGCCACGGGGAAGACCAGCACCAGUUCGGGCAACAUUCCGCAGAUUCAGUUCGGGAACUACUUCCUGCCCUACCAGCCGCUCCAGGCCCAGGCCAUACAGGGACGCAAGCAGGCGGCACUGAUCCUCGAACCCCACUCCAGGGCUGUGGUGGGCAACGGCGGCACGGCCAUUUCCACUCCCAUCUCGAAGGCGUAUCUGAAGAAGGGCGUGCCCACCAACGUGUACUUCAAUCCGGAUUCGGUGGCCAUAGCCGGUGUGGGGGGCAAGGCACAUGCGACGGCGGACUUGGAGCUGGAUCUGUUCAACUGA